AUUCUGGGCCGUCAGUCGCGGCUUGUCGCCACCGUCAAAGGUGGCGCCCAUGCUGAAUCCGAAUCAGCGGCAGUUCCUCGAGGAUGAGAUGCGCUACCGCGAGAAGCUGAAGCUCAUGGCACGCGGCGAUGCCAUGGAUGAGGUUUAUGUGCGCAAAGAGGAGACGGUGGACGAUCCGCUGGAGCUGGACAGGCACGAUUCGUUCUAUCAGACCACCAAGAGUCUGCUGGUGCUGUUCCAGAUCAUGGGCGUGAUGCCCAUCCACCGCAAUCCACCAGUGAAGAAUCUGCCCAGGACGGGCUACUCCUGGGGCUCCAAGCAGGUCAUGUGGGCCAUUUUCAUCUACAGCUGCCAGACGACGGUGGUGGUGCUGGUGCUGCGGGAGCGUGUCAAGAAAUUCGUCACCAGCCCGGACAAACGCUUCGACGAGGCCAUCUACAAUGUGAUCUUCAUCAGUUUGCUGUUCACGAACUUUCUGCUGCCGGUGGCCAGCUGGCGGCAUGGGCCCCAGGUGGCCAUUUUCAAGAAUAUGUGGACCAACUAUCAGUACAAGUUCUUCAAGACAACGGGCAGCCCGAUUGUGUUCCCCAAUCUGUAUCCGCUGACCUGGUCGCUGUGCAUCUUCUCGUGGGUGCUCAGCAUUGCCAUCAAUCUCUCGCAGUACUUCCUGCAGCCGGACUUUCGGCUGUGGUACACCUUCGCCUACUAUCCCAUCAUUGCGAUGCUGAACUGCUUCUGCAGCCUGUGGUACAUCAACUGCAAUGCCUUUGGCACCGCCAGUCGCGCGCUCUCCGACGCACUGCAGACGACCAUUCGGGGCGAGAAGCCCGCCCAGAAGCUGACGGAAUAUCGCCAUUUGUGGGUGGAUCUCAGUCACAUGAUGCAGCAGCUGGGACGUGCCUACUCGAACAUGUACGGCAUGUACUGCCUCGUCAUCUUCUUCACCACGAUCAUCGCCACCUACGGCAGCAUCAGCGAGAUCCUCGACCAUGGCGCCACCUACAAGGAGGUGGGCCUCUUCGUCAUCGUCUUCUACUGCAUGGGUCUGCUGUACAUCAUCUGCAAUGAGGCGCACUACGCCUCGCGCAAGGUCGGGCUGGACUUUCAGACCAAGUUGCUCAACAUCAAUCUGACAUCGGUGGACGCGCCACACAGAAGGAGGUCGAGAUGCUGCUGGUGGCCAUCAACAAGAAUCCGCCCAUCAUGAAUCUCGACGGCUAUGCGAACAUCAAUCGGGAGCUCAUCACCACCAACAUCACAUUUAUGGCCACGUAUCUGGUGGUGCUGCUGCAGUUCAA